AUGUAAUGGAUGCCGUGUAGUAUUCAUAUCUUUGUAUAACUAUCAUGCCGAUCACGUCAUGGAAGCUAUAAGGUGUGGUAGUUGUGGUAGUUGUAGGGCUUCAUUUCCUUCUUUCAGUUUCAUUUACUUGUGAUCUACAAUGGCUGCUGCAUGGAGGGAAGAACGUCUGAAACAGGAAGAGCCUUUCAUAAUCAAUGCUUUCACGCUUAUCAAGAAAAUGUUGGACCUGAGUUACCCUCCUUCAAAAUAUACUGCAGGGUUAGUGGAUGAGUUUCUUCAUAGCAUCUUCUUUUUGGGAAAGAUCAACAAGAUACCAUUUUCCCCAGAAGUUAUUCUGAGUGAUGAUGAAGACUUGCUUAAUGCGUUGAAGGACCGCUACCCUCAACCUUUUAAACUCUAUUCCUCUCAACUACCCAGGCGGAGUCCAUUUUCAUGUGUGCUAGACAUGAUUGUCUACCUGACUAGACAGACUCAUCAAGGGGAAAGACAAGAAGAAGAGAUUGAAAAAGAAAUAAUAAAGAGGCUGCGAGAUCUCAUCCGUCCACUGAAGGAGGGUAAAAAAAAGAAUAAAAAAAAGCCCCUGGUCUCCUCCACUAUCUGUGUCUCUCACAGCACCAUCACCCCAAAUGCAGUCAGGUACUACGGAGUCUCCAUGUCCACUAUUGGCCCUAAUCCCGGGAAAACCCUGAUUGCUGCAUCCUGUUUUAGCAGCUGGGAUAGUUAUGUAGCUGGUGCAGUGAUGACCUACUAUCCAAAUAAGGUCAAGAGGGAAAAUUUUGAUGGAACCAUCAUACUUCCAGAGCAUGUCAGGUGCCAGGCUUUUAACCUUUUGGAAGAAAGAGACAAGACCCCUUGUAGAUCAUGUGGGAAUUUGUUUGGGUUGACAACAAAUGAAAUAAAGGAAUCGGAUUAUGGCAACUGUGCAGAAGCUGAAAGUGUGAGCAAGUUGCUUACAAAUGUGGUAGAAAUUAGAGAGCAAGCCCGACCAAAAGCUGAGACGUGCACAGAGGAGAACAGGCAGUUGGCUGCAGAGAGUAUCAGGAAAGAGCUUGAAGGUUUUUUGAGCACAAUGCAAUUUAGUUGGGAAGGUAAAUUCUACACCCCACAAGGAAUUUGAUCUUAAAAAGGGGAAACAAUUGAAUGAUUGAAGCGAUCGCUGGGUUAGGGUUAGGCUUGAUCAAUUAAGGUUUGAUUGAUUAAAGUUGAUCAAUCAAUCAAUUUUGUUUGUCACAUGAAUAGGAGAUACAAUAUGAUGUAUUGAUCAUGUCAUUCACAAUAAAAUUACAGUGAUGU